UGUUCCUUCCUUCAAACCCUAGAAUCGUAACUCAGCGAUUCGUUCUCUCUUCUUCCUUAUCUCUCGAUCUGCGGAUUAUAGAGCGAUUUCAGAAUGUCGGGAAAGGGAGAAGGUCCUGCUAUCGGGAUCGAUCUUGGUACCACGUACUCGUGCGUGGGCGUUUGGCAGCACGAUCGGGUCGAGAUCAUCGCCAACGAUCAGGGUAACCGUACAACCCCUUCCUAUGUCGCCUUCACCGACACCGAGCGUCUCAUCGGCGAUGCUGCCAAGAACCAGGUCGCCAUGAACCCUAUCAACACCGUCUUCGAUGCAAAGCGAUUGAUUGGAAGGAGAUUCAGUGAUGCCUCUGUCCAGAGUGACAUUAAGCACUGGCCCUUCAAGGUCAUUCCUGGACCUGGUGACAAGCCCAUGAUCGUCGUCCAAUACAAGGGUGAGGAUAAGCAGUUUGCUGCUGAGGAGAUCUCCUCCAUGGUCCUUAUAAAGAUGCGUGAGAUUGCAGAGGCCUAUCUUGGUUCCACCAUCAAGAAUGCUGUUGUCACUGUCCCUGCUUACUUCAAUGACUCACAACGUCAGGCCACCAAGGAUGCUGGUGUCAUUGCAGGCCUCAAUGUCAUGCGUAUCAUCAAUGAGCCCACUGCUGCUGCCAUUGCCUACGGUCUUGACAAGAAAGCCACCAGUUCCGGUGAGAAGAAUGUCCUCAUCUUUGACCUUGGUGGUGGCACCUUUGAUGUCUCCCUCCUCACCAUUGAAGAGGGUAUUUUUGAAGUCAAGGCCACAGCUGGGGACACCCAUCUUGGUGGUGAGGACUUUGAUAAUCGAAUGGUGAACCACUUUGUUCAGGAAUUCAAGAGGAAGAACAAGAAGGACAUCAGUGGCAACCCUAGGGCCCUUAGGAGGCUGAGGACAUCGUGUGAAAGGGCGAAGCGGACCCUCUCAUCCACUGCACAGACCACAAUUGAGAUUGACUCCUUGUAUGAGGGCAUCGACUUCUACUCAACUAUCACCCGUGCUCGUUUUGAGGAGCUCAACAUGGAUCUUUUCAGGAAGUGCAUGGAGCCUGUUGAGAAGUGCCUGAGGGAUGCCAAGAUGGACAAGAGCUCCAUCCAUGAUGUUGUCCUUGUUGGUGGGUCCACCCGUAUCCCCAAGGUCCAACAGUUGCUGCAGGACUUCUUCAAUGGCAAGGAGCUCUGCAAGAGCAUCAAUCCAGAUGAGGCCGUUGCCUAUGGUGCUGCCGUCCAGGCUGCCAUCUUGAGCGGUGAGGGCAACGAGAAGGUGCAGGACCUACUGCUCUUGGAUGUCACCCCUCUCUCUCUUGGGCUGGAGACGGCUGGUGGGGUCAUGACAGUCUUGAUUCCAAGGAACACCACCAUCCCCACCAAGAAGGAGCAGGUCUUCUCUACAUACUCCGACAAUCAGCCUGGUGUCUUGAUCCAGGUCUAUGAGGGUGAGAGAACAAGGACCAGAGACAACAAUCUGCUGGGCAAGUUUGAGCUCUCAGGAAUCCCGCCUGCUCCCAGAGGUGUGCCCCAGAUCACUGUCUGCUUUGACAUUGAUGCCAACGGCAUCCUGAAUGUCUCAGCCGAGGACAAGACCACGGGACAGAAGAACAAGAUCACGAUCACCAAUGACAAGGGCAGGCUGAGCAAGGAGGAGAUUGAGAAGAUGGUCCAGGAGGCUGAAAAAUACAAGUCAGAGGACGAGGAGCACAAGAAGAAGGUUGAGUCUAAGAAUGCUCUUGAGAACUAUGCUUACGACAUGAGGAACACCAUUAAGGAUGAGAAGAUUGGGUCGAAGCUGGACCCAGCUGACAAGAAGAAGAUUGAGGAUGCGAUUGAGUCGGCGAUCCAGUGGCUGGACAGCAACCAGCUGGCCGAGGCCGACGAGUUUGAUGAUAAGAUGAAGGAGCUCGAGAGCAUCUGCAACCCCAUCAUUGCAAAGAUGUACCAAGGUGCUGGUGGUGAAGCUGGCGCUGGCAUGGAUGAUGAUGGUCCGUCGGUUGGUGGCAGUGGGGCUGGGCCCAAGAUUGAGGAGGUGGACUAAGGUGCGAUCCAUCACUAGUAUGUUUUUGUUUCUGCUUCUAAAACGUUGGGAUAAUCUAGACUUGUUUUGAUUUUGAUUCCGUCAUUUUGGCCCCGCUAUUAUAGGCAUGAAGGCCAUUCAUGGGGUUUUUGUUUUUUGUUUCUGUAUUUUUUUUUUUUUUUUGGGGGGGGUGGGGGGGCGCUAAUAUACUCUAUUUCUUUCUGGUAAGAAUUAAGGAUCUUUUAGGCUCUGGUUAGGUUUGCUUGUGAUUGGUUUUGGUCAAUGAUA